CAUCCUCCUGUGCUCAUUUCUCAUUGGCAUUCAAAUCCCUUCCUUUCAUCACCUUACCUACCCUCCACUCAAAUAAGAAUUAUCUUCAUUUGUCCGUACCAUGUCACAGUCUCCUAUGAUUGCUGUACCUCUGAAGAGGACAGACGAAGUCGACUGGGUGACACCACUCAAGAGAUAUAUCGCCCUCUCCUAUCAAGACGAUCCCGAAAAAUAUGCAGAAGAGUGUGGAACUAUUCAUCGUCUGCGUCAGGAUAUGCGUGGCGCAGGAAAUGAUAUCACUGGCAGAGAUGUGCUCUAUCGCUAUUUUGGCCAGCUCGAAAUCCUUGACCUGCGCUUUCCUGUCGACGAAGCCCAUAUCAAAAUUGGUUUCAUGUGGUACGAUGCGUUUACACAGAGACCAACAUCGCAGUUUUCACUCGCCUUUGAGAAAGCUAGCACCAUAUUCAAUAUUGCAUCCGUAUUAUCUGCUAUUGCGGCCUCACAGACAAGGGUCAAUGAGCCAGAAGGUGUCAGAAAAGCUUUUCAUUUCUUUCAAGCUGCAGCAGGAAUUUACACCUACAUCAACGAGAACUUUUUACAUGCGCCUUCAAUUGACUUGAGUCGGGAUACAGUCAAGAUGCUCGUGUCUCUAAUGCUGGCCCAAGCGCAGGAAGUCUCAUGGGAGAAAGCAUAUGCAGAGAAGAAGAAAUCUCUCCUUAUCUCUAAACUAGCCGCCCAAGUUGCUUGGAGUUACAACGCUACACUCGAGGCUAUGGCUGAUGGUGUAUCCAAGCAGAUUUUCGACAAGAACUGGCAAACUCUUUGUCAGAUCAAGGCCAAGAUGUUUACCGCUAUCGCUCAGCACUACCGAGCAUUGGCAGCAGAGAAUGAUUCAAAGUGGGGUGAGAUGGUUUCGAGGAUUCAAAUUGCAGAGACAGCUAUCAAAGAAGCAGAGAAACAAGCAAAAUCAUUUACUUCGGGUUUCACCCAAAGCUCCCAUCCAACAGUGACGCUUACACAGGAGGCAGUUAGCUCUAUUCAUGAAAUCACAAAAUCACACCUUGCAAUCAUCUCAGAGAAGAAGACAUCUGCUGUCCGUGAUAACGACAUGAUCUAUCAUGAAGCUGUGCCUAGCGAAGGUUCUCUUGGACAACUCGAAAAACUGAACGCAACAAAGCCAUUGCCCAUCUCGGAACUCUACUCCCAAAGUGAGAUGCAGAAAGUGAUUGGUCCAGAUACUUUUCAGCGUCUUAUCCCAUUAUCUGUCCAUGAAUCGUCAAGUCUGUACUCUGAGGAAAAGGCUAAGCUGGUCCGAGCGGAGGCUGAAAGAUGUGAAACCGCAAACCAAGAAUUAGCAAGCGCGCUCGAGUUUAUGAAUCUUCCUGCAGGCCUUGAAAAGUUCAAAAAUCGAGCCAAUGAUGGUCAGAAUGCUACACUUGACGCUCUAGCUGUCCCACCUAACCCUGUGAAGGAGCUCGCUGAUUUUAUUCAGAAUGAGGAAUUGGGUGAAUCUAUUGCAAAUUUGAUUGCGUCGCUGGACCGCAUCAAAUCAGGGACGCGAGAUGCAUUGGAGAAUGCCAAUCUGUCGCUGGAUGAAGAGCGAAGUCAAUGCGAAGCUCUGAGGGCUAAAUAUACCGAUCUUUGGACACAACGGCCCUCGGGACCAUUGACACAAGUUUUUCGUACCGACUCGAAGGCAUUGUUCGAAUCACUUGACAAAGCCGCAGUAUCCGACCAGAACCUUUACCGAUCUUUUGAUCAGAUUGCUAAUAACGUCAUGGUACUACGCGAAGGACGUGAUGGUGCAGCUCUAGAACAGCUAUUUGCUAGAAUUGUAGUUGAAGCUAGCAAGAACAGGAAGAGUUUAGUAAAAUCGAACAAUAGUCUGUUAGACGUGGAGGAUAGCGGCGAGAGUGAAGCCAUUCUGAAGACUGUUUCCAAAGUUGAGGAUGUGAUUGCCAAGCUCAAGAAACUGAGGCAGGAACGUAUGGAUACCCUUGAAGACCUGAAGAUAAAGACUCAACAAGACGAUAUCUCAAAUCUUCUGAUUUUGAACAGGAAAAGUUCAGGCAUUGAGCCCCAGUUAUUUGCUCAGGAGCUGGAGAAGUUUAGACCCCACCAGACAAGAGUGACGGCGACGAUUCAUCACCAACAAGCCUUGAUGCAGGAGCUCACUAUGCACUACAAAGACCUCAUGAAUGGUCAAGAAGCACGUAGCCUUCAGGAAAUUUGGGAUAUCGCAGAGAAGAAGCGACAAAGUUUGGCGGAUCAGUUGCUGAAGACUAGAGGGUCAUACACAGACGUCAAAGUUGGAUAUAAGAAGGGCAUUCGUUUCUAUGAAGAUCUAAAUGCGCAGGUGCAGGAUCUCGUUAAGGCUGUGGAUCAAUUCUGUCGUGCUAGAAAGGAGGAGCGCGGCAUGCUUGAGCAACAAGUGAUGACGACCCAAUCUGAGCGCGAAUCAAAGGCGUUGAAAGAUCAAUUGUCUAGAUUCGAAAGCGUGUCUUCACCAUCGACAAACGCGCUGCCAAUAGACGCACUUGCAAAUUUGAACCUUGGUGGAGCGUCGCGUGCUCAAAUGCCGGCCCCAAUGGCCCCAAUGGCCCCAAUGACCCCAAUGAAUCCACACGUAGCCGCGGCAUCCCAAUGGACCCCCACAGCAACGGCUCCUGCUCCUGCUUCUGCAGCUUAUACGCCUAUGAGUGCUCAGCCGACUGCUCCUUCUUUCGCACCACAAUCUCAACAAUCAACACCUCAACAGGCACAUACAAUGGUUAUUCCCAACACAGGACCUUUUGCCCUGCCCUCGCCUCAAGUGUCUAGUCAGCCACCUCCUCUACAGCAGCCACUACAGCGCCAGUCAAGUUAUUCAAUUCCGAACCCACCUUCCCAGCAGCAGCAGCAGCGUCCUUAUUCCCUUCAACAACAGUUCUCACAGCCACAGUUGCAGUCUCCAAUGCAGCAGCCUCUAGUACAGCAGUCUCCAAUGCAGCAGCAACAACAGCAGCCAUAUCAGACUCAGCCAUCUAUUCCUAGUACUCCUCAAUAUCAACCACAGUCUCAGUUCCAACAACAACCCCAAUACCAGCAGCAGCAGCAACAGCUCCAGUAUCAGCAACAACUUCCCGCAAGCAGCUCUGGCUACCAGCAGCAGCAGCCGACUCCUGUUAAUUCUGGCUAUCGACAGCCUAUGAUGGCACAAGGUCAAUAUCAACAACCCAUACAGCAUCAAUAUCAGCAACAGCAGCAACCUAUUCAGCAGAAUAUGCAAUUGCCGUACCAGUCUACGUCACAACAGUUCCAGCAGCCAAUACAGCAACAGCCAUUCCAGCAGCAACCAUACCUACAACAGCAGCAACAGUCACAGCAAUCAUUGUAUCAGCAGCAACAACCAAUCCAACAGCAGUUACAGUCACCCGGACAGUUCCAGCAACCUGGCUAUAAUGCGUAUUCUGGAACAUCAUCCCCUUCUCAACAGUACCAACAACAGCAACCAAUGCAGCCACUGCAGCCGGUUUAUCAGCAACAGCAGCCAGUUCAGCCAUUACAACCGCAGCAACCACAACAACAACCAUUACAGCCGCAACAGCAGUCGUACCAUGGAGGAUACCAGCAGGGACCUGUCCAUCAACAACAGCAGCAGCAGCAGUUUCCACAAGGAGGCUAUGCGCCAAUCCAACCCACGACAUAUCAGAAUUCACUCCUUGAUUAAAGAAAGA